CAGCUACGGGCGACUCCCGUCUUUAGUUAGUCAGAUACUUCUGUCUGUGACCCCGGCGUUGCUUCUGAGGAGAUUGCGACAUUGCUUCUGCUCGUUCGCUCCCGGUUAGCGAUAGCUCAUUGCACAGUGAGCCUGCAGUUUUUUGGUCUUCACAAGAAUUGCAAUUUUAGCUAUUCUAAGGACACAACAUGUAUUAAGGGAUUAUGGUUUAAAGCAGGUGCGAGGAGAGCAGAGAUUUUUAGGCUUAGGCGACUAGAAAGGAAUGACCUGCAGGAUCCAUUUGGGACACGAGCUCCAUAUUCCUGCAUUUGGGAAAUGAGACCUGCAUAGUGUGUCCACUUCCAUUCGAGAGGCUCCUCUGUGGGUUUGGUCUGUUUUUGCCAUACAUGAUGCAUGGGUUCAUCUAGUCAUACUAAGCAUCACGCCAGGGACAGAAUAAUCUAGAAUGAAUGAUCGCUUUGUCUAAAGUAAUACUUGUAACAUCAUUCUGGACCAAGAAACCAAAAUAAGACCAGUAAGAGCCCUUUAAAUGUUUGUCUUUAUUCCAUUUUUAAAUUUGAAUUCUUUUAGUCCUGACUGAGUCGUUCUGUUGCUUUCUCAGGACUGAUUGCUCUCAAUUAUAAGCACAUCGUUGUGAAAACAAGGUCGCGCUUAUUUAUGAACCUUUUAUUUACGCAUGAGGAAGCCGUUGCGCUGCUCUUUAGAAGUCAGUGGAGGUCAGUUAUGUUUGUGACGAGGCUGGAUGACUCCCGCACAUUACGUUUGCACCGCUGCAGCUCUCUUUCCUUUAUGUAUUUCGGCAUUUUAUAAGAAACGGUUUAAGAGCUUUGAUUGUCACAAGCCGCAUCCUUGACUGACUGGAUGCUCCCUCAGCCGCGGUGCCACGCUUCGCUAAUCUCCAUACUUAUUAUAUACAACAAAAGUACAUUCUUUUCGUGCCUUCUGUUCUUGUUCAGUCACAUGUUGCAAACCUAUAAUGGAAGGCAACACUCACCAAGACGCGGGAGUGUCUCCACACUACAAUGCAAGAAUUAUUUACAAUCGAAUUUGCCGGCACACAGUCGUAUACAGACGCCGGGAGCCACAGUGAGGAUAAGAAGCUGAUGUGAAUUAUUCAGGAGUCAGCCAGGCUUGCAGAAUCCGGUUCCCUUCGCGGCGUAUCGGGUGACCAGGCGGCGCCCUCCUCGGCUGGGACACCUGACACACCCCCCGUGUGCCUUUCAUGGUGCACCUUUAAAGGGCCGUGCAGGCUGCGGUUAGAAUAAACACGGCCCUGUUGUCGGCUGCAGCCUUGUCCCAGUGUAUUAUCAGCAGCACAAAUGACAGUCUGACAGCAGCACCUGAACGCCGCGCCUCCCGUGUGAUAGAGCCGCAUGUUUGCAUCUCAGUAAAGCAGGAAAAUGAAUGACAUUGUCAGGCUUCUCAGUCGACGCGUCUUCCAUCUGGCUCCUGUUUUUUUCCAGUUUGUUUUGGAUUAUUUACAGCCCUGUGUGGUUAUAAUACCAAGCGAAUGCCAUUUAGUUGUCUAAGAGCAAUCCUCAGCUUCUUUUUCAGAGUAAUUUCAGCGUCGGCGCUGGCACAGAAAAAGUUUUGAUCCGUGGCAUGACUGUGCAAACAGAUGUAUCCUGCUUAUUACGCGUUUGAGAGAUGUCAUCUAUCACCGCUCCCCACCCCUUACUCAAACUGUUUUCCUUCUGCUGCUUUGGAUGUGUGUAGAGCCAGUGAGGGAGCAUCAUCUAUUUUGGCUUUAUGGACACUUUCAAGAAUUCAUAGUAAAGUUAAGCCGGACUCCUUAUCAUGUAAAUACUAAGAGAAAUGCAACAAUGACGCAACCUAAAUAAACUCUGGGUUGUUGCCUGUUCAAAAGGUUCUUAGAUGCCGUGGGAAAAGCUUUGGCGAGUUAGAUUGCAUAACCAAAUGUUGAUCUAUGUGGUAUUUACAUAUUCUGUGUAUGGGCACUGAAUCUGCAUCUAAUUUGCCACAGGUAAAGCAUGACCGCGGCCCCGCCUCCGCAGGGCAGGGAUGCAAAUAGUACCUCUAGAGGUGUCAUUUUACAGCAAAGAGGUGCAGUCAUCAGAUCUGCACAACAAAACCAGAGAGCAUGCUCCCGUCAGCUGAGCGUUAGUCAACAGGAUCAGCCAACCGCUCGCCACCGCUCUCACCGAUCCAGCGAUGCCUAUCGCAGAGCUCCUGGGAGUCCAGGUCGACAUGCAGCUCCUGCUCAAGCUGGGUCUGUCGGUAGCUGCCGUGCUGCUGGUUUCGUGGGCCUACAGGUUCCACAGCUCCAGGGAAGCAGAGAAAACCCAGGUCGGUGUCGAGGAGGCGCCGCAUGCGUCCGACCCACGGGAGCGGAGGCAGCGGUCCAGACGCCUGGACGUGGACCCAGACCCUGAUGAUCCGACACGGGACCGGGACAUGCCAGCUGAAUCUCACCCUCACCCAGCUGAAAACUGCGAAGAUGCUGUUUCAUCAUCCUUUGACCAAGAUAUCAUCACGAAAGCACAGAAACCCAGUCGUCAGACGGAAGCACGGGUUGCCACCAGUCACAUUCCACUGGGAUCUGCUUUGAACCUUCCGGAUCCUGCAGAGAAGUGGACGGCAGCUACGACAGGGCGCCGCUCCCCCUGCCUCCUGCAGAAGCUGGAGGGCAGCAUGGGUGUGGGCAGGGAGUUAAGGCAGGACCUGGAGUGCCAGGGGGCUUAUUCCAGCUUCCUCUCCAAGGCCGAGAUCAAAGUGGAGGACGCUCAACUGGUACUGGAAGGAAGAGGCGACCAGAUUGUGCAUGGAAAGAUAUAUGAUUACUAUGUUGAGUCCUCGUCCCAGUCUAUUACGGAGUCAAAGGCAGCGCCGGGUCAAUAUGAGAGGAAUGCCCAGUCACCGCCGGCGGAGUUUGGAAGCCGUGGCAGCAGCCUCUCAGACUCUCUGUCCUCUCUGAGCCCCAUCAUUAUGCGGGAUCUGGUUGAUCGCUGCUCAGCAGGAAGCCAGACGCAUCCUGCGAGGCCUGUGCUCCUACGCAAGCAGAGCUACCUCUCUGCUGCAGAGCAAUGUGAGCUCCCCGGUCCUCCCUCCACUCCCAUGACUGACCCGCUGGCCUCAAGCAGCGAGGAGUCCAUCUCUGUUCAAACCAGGAUCAGUCCCUCAACAGACCGCAAAGACCUGAUGAUGCAGGAGGGGCCUGAGGCAGCGUCUGUGGAUGAUGUGGAGAGCCUGAAGAGGAAGCUUGAUCUGGGCAACUGUUUGGAGAUGUUGACCCUGGCCAAAAAAAACAACCAGACGGCCGUUCAACAGGCCGCUCUGAGGGUCAUGUCGGACAACUACCUCCAUGUGCUCAAGGAGCCCGGCCUUUAUGGGCGGCUAAUGGCGGACGAGCGGGAAAAUAUCCAGAAGCAGAGAAUGAGGGGACGGAGAUUCGUCAUGGUGGCAGAUAUGGACCCUCAAGACUGGGCAAGGAAUGCGGCAGCGAGGACAAUGGAGCCGGAGCAGAAGGGGACAUCCAGUGCAGUGUACUAUUAUGAUGACUACAAAGACUCCUGGCACACGCUCUGUGUCAUCCCACAGGAGGUCGUCUCCAAAGCCUGCGCCAUGUGCACAAUGGACAACUACUUAUUUGUGGCGCUGGGUUGCCAGGGCACACACAGCGAGAUGACGCCGUCGAGGCGAGUGUUUUGCUACAAUCCUUUGACAUCCAUUUGGAAAGAGAUCAGUCCCAUGAACGAGGCCAGGCCGCGGUGCAAGCUGGCAGCGCUGGACGGCUGCAUCUACGCCAUCGGAGGCGAGUGCCUGUCCUCGGUGGAGCGCUACGACCCGCGCGCGGACCGCUGGGCGUUCGUGGCGCCGCUGCCCAACGACACCUUCGCCGUGGCGCAUCACGUGGCCGUCUGCGGCGGCGAGCUCUUCGUGUCCGGGGGCAGCCUCCGAUGCAUGCUGCUGCGCUACAGCCCCCGGAGCAACGCGUGGAGGGCGGGGCUGCUGGCGGGCAGCAGGGACCGCACCGCCGACUUGGUGGCGGUGGGCCCGUUCCUGUACCGCUUCGACGUGAACCCCCUGCUGGGCGUCGGCGCCUACCGCUACCACACGGUGGCGCGCCUGUGGUACGAGUGCAGCUCCAAGCGGCUGCAGCGCUGCCCGGCCUUCCAGUGCGUGGCCCUGGACAACGCCAUCUACUGCGUCAGCCGGCAGUUCACCAUGAGGUUCGAGGCCGAUGAGGUGUCGCCGGGUUUCAGCGAUGACGAUUUGAGUGUCCUCUCUGCAGCAAAGGGCAUACUGUUCCCCUUUGUCCUCUCACUCCCUGAUAAGAGGUCUCAGCAGACCAGCGUGUGAGGACGACUCGGUUUUCUACUGAUAAGAUUAGGUGGUGAUGGAGUGUCUCUGCAGAAAUAUGCUUUACAUCUUGUCGACUGGGUGGGUUUUUGUAAAGGAUGAUAUUCAACCCAGCCUCACAUGCUACUGCACUAACAUUUGUUUUCAUUAGCUUAAGGUGUUUUUCCGCUCGCCUGCUCCGUGCGCUCAGACUGGGUCUUGUGUGUAUUAUGCUGUGGCGCUGGCACCCGAAAUGAAGUAUUAUUUGCUUAUUGGUAGUCAAACUACUAUUUGCUUAGAUUUACGCAAGACGUGCUGCCAUGUAAGUUGUUAUUUCCUUUGAUUUGCCACUCCUUCCUGUCACUGUGCUAGUUUUAUGUCAUCCCAGAUGCUUAACCUCUUUUGCAGCGGAGACAAUUUUUAAAUAAGUCUCAGAGUAAAUGAGUUCAUUCUGCUCUAAUACAUUACAGACAGUAGCCGAUGUGGUGACGAUCCAUCACCGUGCUCCGCUGUGUAGGGCACAAAUAUAACUUACACAGUGGCCUGGAUACAGUACAAUUAUCCACAGUUGCUCUUUAAGAAUGACAGGAUCGAAAUGAACACGUCAGACGUUAUGAAUCGGUGAGCUUUUGGAAACAUUUGUCACUACC